AUGAAGAAAAAAAAAUCGAAAAAGGAAAAGAAGCCGAGAAAGAAGUUUGCCUUGAGCGAACUGGAAACUGUCACUUACGAGCAGCAAAUCGUUGACAACAAUCGACAAAUAGCAAGACUCCGAGGGCGCAACACCGAGCUAGAAGCCGAGGCCGAGAGGCUGAAGGACCAGCUGCGCCAGCUGGAGGAGAGCAAGGCCGAUCUGACGACGUAUCUCGAGGAGGUGCUGCAGAAGAGGAGCCAAGAGGCCCAGGAGCUCCAGGAGAGGGUCAAGGCGCUGGAGAAGCUGCGCAAGGAGAAGGAACAGGAGUACAAGAAGCGCGAGAACUCGCUCGAGAUGGAGUUCAAGCUCAUGGAGAAAAAUCUCACCGCCGAGAUCAAACUCGCUGCCGGAAAAUUGAGCGCACUCGAGGAUUGGCGAAUGGCCCGGCUGGACUUGAUGAAAAAGUUCGACCAACAGGAGAAACAGAUGGCCGAGCAGGAAGUCCGGCACAGGGAGACGCUCUACGAGACGGAAAAAAAAGUGAUCAUCGGCAAGGCAAAGAUGCAGAGCGAGCUGGAGAAGCGGCUGACCGAGCUCGCGGAGAGCUUUCGACGGGCGACGAGCUUGCGGCUGGCCGACGCGACGCAGCGCGCGCUUCGCGAGAAUUUGGCGCUGCGCCGCGAGUUGGACGAGUUGCUGGGCCAGUGCGCCGAGCUAGACACCAGGGCGCGCGACUUCCAGGAGCGCGAGCGCGACGCCAGGCUCAGGGCCGAGCUCCACGAGGCUGAAGCCGGACUGGCGCUUGAAAAGGUAGCUCGCCAGAGGCGUGUGAUGAUCGAGCUGUUGAAGGAAGACGAGCGCGCGAGCCAUGAAGUCAACCGGCUUGCCAGGGUAACGGCGCACGCCCGUUACGGCGAACAGGCCGAGAUCCUGGCGACCGAGGCGGACACGGAGGUCGAGCGACAGGUGUGCCAGCUCCAGGAGGAGGUCCGGUUGAGCCGAGAACGCGCGGCUGAGGCGCGCGAGGAGGCACGCAACAGUUCACACGAGUUGGGGAGGCUCGAGGCUGUGCUCGCCGAGGCCAGGAGGAUCGUCGUCGAGGCUCUUGAGCUUCAGGCGGAAAUCGAGUACGGCGAGGGCGAGGGUAUCAUCGUGGAUGAUGGCGAGACAGGUGAUGCCUGCUCCUCUUGCCUCCUGGACGCGAGAGAAAAGCUGCUCUGGUCCCUGCGUGAGGUUUUGGAGAAAUGCGGGGCUCCCCUCGACGAUGGCCAAGAUGAAGAUUCUGCGGAGAGCGAGUCAAUGCCCGAAGAAGGUCAUCUCUACGUCCUCGGCAGUCUGGGGAUCAUACCUGCAGACUCCAGCAGUGCCCAUCAGCACCAGACAACGUCGAAAGUCGCUAGCGAGGACCUCCAGAGCUCGCAGCAGCAGAGGACGACUACUACAACGAGCUUCGAGGAUUCAUCCACAGAGUGUAACGCGAGUUGCUCGUCUUCGACCGACUCGCGGGUCAUUAGUGAUUACUAG